CUCCUCCUCCCGCUUUCUUGAUUCCCCUCAGCCAGGCCGGGCUUCCGCCACUUCGCUGGCUUAGGUCGGCCUGGGCGCCCCCGCUGGUCGCUGGCCGGGGAAGGGAAGGGAAGGGAAGGAGGGGGAGAAGACCAGGCGGCCGGAGGAGGAGGAGGAGACAACGGCGCCUCCAUCAUGUCGAGCCUCCACAAGAGCAGGAUUGCAGAAUUCCAGGAGAUCCUUAGCGAACCCAAGGUUGUGCUGCAGAAGCUCCGCAAACUUUGCUUUAGCGGGAUUCCUUUUGAAGGUGGAUUGCGCUGUCUCUGCUGGAAGAUCCUCUUGAACUACCUCCCUGUGGAGAGGGCCUUAUGGAGUUCCCUCCUGAAAAAACAGAGAGAUUUGUAUGCUCAGUUCUUGAAGGAAAUGAUUAUACAGCCUGGGAUAGCCAAAGCCAACCUUGGGGUCUCCAGGGAAGAUGUAACCUUAGAAGACCAUCCGCUGAACCCCAAUCCAGACAGCCGGUGGAACACUUACUUCAAGGACAAUGAAGUGUUGCUGCAGAUAGACAAGGAUGUCAGGAGGCUAUACCCCGAUAUGGCAUUCUUCCAGCGCCCGACCGAAUACCCUUGCCUGUUGAUCCUGGACCCCCAGAAUGAGUUUGAGACCCUUCGCAAACGAGUGGAGCAGACCACACUUAAGUCACAGACAGUGGCACGAAACCGGAGCGGCGUCACUAAUGUGAGUUCCCCUCAUAAAACAACAGCACCUAAUUCACUCAGUGAGUAUGAAGUUCUGCCCAAUGGCUGUGAGGCUCACUGGGAAGUGGUGGAGCGAAUCCUAUUCAUCUAUGCUAAGCUGAAUCCGGGGAUAGCCUAUGUCCAAGGGAUGAAUGAAAUAGUAGGACCUCUUUAUUACACUUUUGCUACGGAUUCCAACAGUGACUGGAAAGAACACGCAGAAGCAGAUACUUUCUUCUGUUUCACCAACCUCAUGUCUGAGAUCAGGGACAAUUUCAUCAAGAGUCUGGAUGACUCCCAAUGUGGCAUCACCUACAAAAUGGAGAAGGUUUACUCCACUUUGAAAGAGACAGAUAUGGAGCUUUAUAUGAAAUUGCAAGAACAGAAUAUCAAGCCCCAGUUCUUUGCUUUCCGCUGGCUGACUCUGCUGCUGUCCCAAGAAUUCCUGCUGCCAGACGUCAUCCGCAUCUGGGAUUCCCUCUUUGCUGACGACAACCGUUUCGACUUCCUGCUGCUAGUGUGCUGCGCCAUGUUGACGCUCAUUCGGGACCAAUUACUGGAAGGAGAUUUUACUCUGAACAUGCGGCUUCUGCAGGAUUACCCCAUCUCAGAUGUUCAUCUGAUUUUGAAGAAGGCAAAAGACCUUCAAGAUUCUAAGUAGCCCCUCUGUCCCCUGGGAUUCAUGGUAUGUAGGAAAGAGACUGCUUGACACGGUGGAUUGUGGAGGCGGAAGCUAUUGAUGCAUCUUGCAGAGUGCCUGAUAUUGUGUUCCAGCUCUCUGCCCUGCGGGAAGACUCCUUCCACUCUAUUUAUUUAUUCCUGGAAGAGCGACCUUCGGACCAGUCAAGCUCUGCGCUCUGGAUUUCUCAGAUCUCCUCUGCUGAAAUGACUCCAUGUUGAGCAAAAGAUUUUUUCCCUGUAAUUAAAAAAAAAAAUGUCGCCAGAGGCAGAGACAACAGAAGACGAGCUACAUAUUUCUCAGUCUUUUCUGGACUCAACAGCAGCAAAUGGUGUUGUGGAAGCAAGCCCUGCAGCACGACACGUUCUGGAACGUGCAUGGCAUAGGCUGGGAACCA